AUGAGCGGUAAAAUCGCCUACGUCAUCCUGGGAGCUACAGGCAAUCAAGGUAGCCAUGUGGUGAAGUACCUAUACUCUUGUAGCAUCAAAGACAUCUACGUGGUGACACGCGAUGUGAACAAUCCGAGGUCGAAGCAGUUCGAGCAGGUGAUGUUCAUGGGGAGGAGGGACGAGGAUGUGUGCGGUGUGUUGGGUUUUGCUCACAAGUCGCAGGUGUUUCCAGGAGUGAAGGUGAUCGCUGGUGACCUAGAGAACAAGUCUUCACUUGUCGAAGCGUUUAAGACUCCAAUGAAGGACAAUGAGUCCUACAAAGUCGUCGUGUUCGCCAUGUCGACGCCAUCGCUCGCGUCCAAUGGAUACGCCAUCAGUGCUGAAGUGGAGGAGCAGUCAGGAAGGAUCAUUGUGGAGGCGGCGGAAGAAGCUAAAGUUACCCAUAUCGUCUACAGCUCAGUGGCUAAUUGCGACAAGGAGAACCGGCCCAAGUAUCACAGAUCGAAGAAGAACAUCGAAGACUGUCUCAAGGCGUCCAAGAACUCCUGGACCAUCCUGCGGCCUGUAAGCUUCUACGAGACUUGGGCCAGGUUCAGCAAGGUCAAGUCAGGCUGCAUGACGGGGCUCGUGAAGCCCGACGUGAAGCAGCAGUGGGUCUCACUGCACGACUUGGGGGCGUCAGCUGCCACGGUGCUGAGGAAGUACGAGCAGUACAAGGCUCGUACCAUCGACCUCGUUGCGGACGAGCUAAGCGGGAACGAGAUGGCAGAGAAACUUACACAGAUCAGGAAGCAGGAGACGUUCAGGUACUCCAUCGCCUGGUUCAUGCGGCUGCUGCUGUGGGUCGCCGCACACGACAUCUACGAGGAGCGAGUGACUUUCCCUGAGAAGGAAGGAGGGUACAAGGCGAACAAGCAGGACCUUCUGGAGCUGUCCAAGACGUUCUCGGAGGAGGAGUUCAAACGGAAAGGGCUCGUGAACUUCGAAAGGGUUGUCAUGUUGAACGGAUGGCACCAGGGUCCGCUAGCCUCCUCCUGGGGUAUCGGAGACUACGCCAUCUACGGUCUCGGCUUCCUCGGGGCCUGCUUUGCCACCAUGGCUUACUUGCUGCCCGAGAGCGUCUGGACGGAGAUCAAGAAGAGGUGGGCUUUCUACGGCCUGAUGCUGCUGUUCGUCCUCAACCUGCUUAUUCGAGUUGCCGGGCUGCUUCGGAAGAAGGACAAGUAA